AUGGCGGCUGCUCGGCCCUCGCCAUCUGUGGGUUCACAAGGACCCAUUGUCACGCGACGCGUCGGAGGCAAUGCCGCCAGUGGCCCCAAGGCUUUGCAAUCGGCCACUGCCAAUACUACCGCCAACUCCACAUCUUCACGCUUGAAGCCCACGAUUCGUCAGACAAUCGAAUCGAUCACCAGCACAGGCAGUCAAGCGGAGUACUUCAGACCGGAUCAAACGAUUAUUUUGUUUGACUGGGAUGAUACAUUAUGCCCAUCAAACUGGAUUCGAGAGAACCGGCCUGCGUUGAGCUUCUUCAAGCCAUGCCCGGCUGAUGAGAAGUACCAAAGACCCCUCAGGGAACUCCAGAAGCAUGUGGAGGCAACCUUGAAGCUUGCCAUGAAGAUGGGCAAGGUAAUUAUUGUGACCAAUGCCAUGGAGCCUUGGGUGGAGACAUCCUGCAGGAACUUCCUGCCUGCUCUGGUGCCAAUUGUGUCGCAGGUGCAGGUCAUUUACGCCAGAUCAGUUUUUGACACCAUGACUUGUGAAGCAGCAAAGAAGCAGGCACGUGCAUCGUCACCUGGCCGAGCACUGCCGGGGCUUUAUGCUGCGAACGGCAUGAACAAGUUGGGCGGGUCCAGCCAGCGCAUGGCUGCCGCGCCAGUUGACGAGAUGGCUCCACAGAGAUGGAAGGAGAUUGCCUUCGAGCAAGAGAUCAGUGGGUUUUACUCCCGAUAUGCUCAUCAGAGUUGGAAGAACAUCAUCUCCAUAGGUGAUUCAAUUUUCGAACGUGACGCGGUACGGCGUGUGGUGAUCAAUCGGCCGACGGCAAACAGAAAGUGUCGAACCAAGACUGCCAAAUUGCUAGAUGAGCCAGAGAUUGAUGAAUUGGUUGCCCAGGUACGUGUCAUUCAUGACGCGCUGGGGUUGAUGGUGCAGUAUGAUGGUAACCUUGACAUUGAGAUUGACGAGGAAGACCUCAAGCUGGAUCUCUCCCUCGCGGAGAAGAUCAUGGACAGGUGA